AGAGGAGGAGGAGGAAGUUAAAGCAAAGGCAAGUAAACAAAGGAGGCAGGAAGAGGAGUAGCGGUUGGGGGAAAAAAAACAGCAAGGAGUGCAGGCAAAAGUGGCGGAAAGAACUCAAAAAGACAAAACGCAGCAGGAAAGACAAGUGGCAAAAAAACAGAAGAGGAGCGCCGGAGCAGAGAGGAUCUAGGUGAAUUGACGACAGUGGAGAAAGGAUGACGACGAAGGGCAAAGGGGCAAGACAGGGCGGAGGAGAGUGGGAGUGGUGACUGGUGAGGAAAGCACAGCUGAGGCGAGAGACAGCAACUCACGUCCUGAAACGUCCGAAAAGUGCUAUCAGCAACUCACACGCGCACGCACAGGAACAGGUAUGCAGCAUGUUUACGCCACUCAGGCAGAGGAGUGCCCUGAUAGUCCAGCAUGGAACCUCUGAGCUAAGGAAGCCUCGGACUUGGAAAUAACUUCUUACUAAAUACUUCUUCACGGACACCACAAGAUGUCGGUCAAGCUGCGAUUCGACUCACCCUCGGAUGGAAAGCCAAUCCGUCGGAGUCGCUCCUUUACGGGGUUUGGCUCUCUGCCAGGACGACGGCGGCCUUCCUCCACUUGGAACUCACUGGGCCUCAACUCCGUGUCUGAAAGAAAAACUCCGAGAGCUCCUUUGUCUCCUAGAAGAGGGUUCGGAGCCGUCUGGUCCAUGCAGCCAGAGGAUGUUGACCACGUCUUCCAGGCGCUUCGCAAAGGCCUCAGGGAGCAUGUGCAGCGUCACCAGACUGAGAUGGACUUUCUGUCUUCACGCCAGCAAGAAACAAAAAGAAACUCCAGGCUGGCCUUUCAGUACGACCUUGACAAGGAGAUUCGAGUUCAAGAGAGGCUGAUCCGCAAGUUGGAAUUCCAAAUCAGCAAGGUGGACGAGCUCUACGAGAACUACUGCGUCCAGUGGCGUCUCUGCCAGGGAGCUGUCAACAUGAAGAGAGCCUUCUCCCUGGCGCCCUCCACCAGGGAGUCUAGGGAGAGCCUCCUGGAGCUGGGACGCAGCCACAGGCACAGCGAGCAGGACAUGUCGGCCAUGGAGGAAGAGCUGGAGGUCCUCCUGGGAGAACUUCACGUCAAGAUGAAAGGUCUCAUUGGUUUUGCCCGGCUAUGUCCUGGAGACCAGUAUGAGGUCGUGCUGCUGUUGGGCCGUCAGCGCUGGAGGAUUCGCGGCCGGAUCCAAAGCGACGACAUCCAGUCCUGGGACGAGGAGGAGAUGCUCUUCCUACCGCAUGUCAAGCACAACUUUGAGAUCAAGGUUUCGGAGGCCAAGGGUCUGGGCUGGCAGCUGGUGGGUGCGGUCACCUGUGCCAGCGCACACUUCUUUGUGGCUACUCCCCAACUCAUGCUGGUGGACAUCACCCAGCUGGGAACCAUCAAGCUACAGCUGGAGGUUACCUGGAAUCCAUUGGACAGCGGUGACAAGGUGGGACUUAUGUCCAGCGGCCGACCAUCGGGGUGGAGCAGGAAGACUUCGGUGCAAAGCUGGACCGCACCCAGCACGCCGUCCUUCUCGGAGAAGUACUUCCUGUCACUGAUUCAAGAGGUGCAGGAAGGAGGGGGAGGAGCUUCACUCCCACUCCGAAUGAUAAAAAGUGGGCAGGACAGGGGUGUGUCUUUAAUGAGCUACCUGUCACACUCGUCCAUCACAUCCAGCCUCUCACAGGCCAAGACGCCGCCCAGCAGCGGCGGCGUGGCGGGUAGUCACACUCAACUUUCCCUGGGGGAGGACGGAGAGGGAAGAGUGACUGGUGAGAGGAGAGGGAGGAAGCUGGGUGGGAAGGAAGAGGAGGAGGAAGACGAGAACGGGGAGCCCUGGGGAGGAACGUUUCCUUCUUCGUCUUCUCUCAUGGAUCUUCCCAGUUUUAGGUCCAGCACCCCGGAUAUCCUCAAAGACAACCAAGACAACCCUGCAGGAGGUUGCGAGGAGGCCGAGGACGGGCAGCCCAAUGGGGUCAGCCGGGAAUGCAAAGAAACGGGACUUUUGACUGCCUCGCUCCCUAAAUGGCAGGACAUAGGGGAGUUCCCCGCACCCCCGGUUGCCUCGGCAGCUGCGGAGCCCAGCGGCGGAGAGCAGCGGGCGCAGGCCCUGCAACUAGGAACGCUGCUGAAGGAGCUGGAGAGAAGCCUGCGCCCACUGCGGAGCUGCGAGAGCCCGCUGAGGCUCUUGAAGCAGCAGAUAGAACACCUCAACACCAUUCUGAGGAACGACUUGUCCCUCAUCAGACCGUCGUCAUGGGACGACACCUUGGCCGUGGAGGAGGUUCUCUGCAGCUUUGACUUCCUGUCACAUGACGACGACUCUUCCUGUUCCAGCGGCAUGUCUUGUCCAAGGAGCCCCCUCCCGCAAGACCACCGAUGGGGUUGUGAGAAGGAGCCGCCGGUGGCCCAGCUGACUUGUGGCCACUGGGGUCUUGACCAGGCUCUGGAGACACACCUAGACACCUGUUGUAUCCUACUGGAGAUGCUGCAGAGGAUCAACUUCAGUUUGACUUGUGUGGAUCUCCUUGAGGAUGUUUCUCAACAAGCAGACGUCCUGAACAGAAUCGGCUGCUUGCUGUUGGAGGACAAGAACGGCAUAUCCACUGAAGACCUGCUUCCGGAGGAUCAGAGGAGUCGAGAUGUUUUGCUGUUGUGGGCUGAAUGUGUGCGAGACUCCGAUUCUUCUUCUCCAUUCUGCUGCCACUCAGACAACUUUGUCAACGCACUCAGAAAACAAUACUCGGACAAAAUUAAACCCAACGCAGAAGCCAAGCAGCCUGGGCUCUCCGAAAGAGUGUUCCGCACGCUACUGCAGCAAGUGCAGGCAGCCUGCAGGGUGGCGCUGUGGCCACCACAGCCUCCGAGCACCGCCGACAGAGUGAGCGUGUUCCAGCUGUCGAUUUAUCUGAGACGGUGUGGCAUCGCCACGCUGGGCAAGCACGUCGCCCACCUCGCCAAGGAAGAAUACUUCCUGUCGGCAUUGAAGGGUCCCAAGCGGCGGGGCAUGCUGACCAGGAUGACAUCGCGGGGCGUGGCCCGCCUUCUCCCACUGGGCUGCACGCUGCAGGCCAUAGCAGCACUCUUGACAGACGCCGACCGCAAAGUGUGCCGGGCGGCUGCCCGCUGCCUGAGACGGGCUUCUGUCUGCGCCACCUUCCGAGCCAGGGCACUUGUUUAUUUCACAGAGAGUUUGAGGAGCACUGACGUCGUCAUCCAGCUUAACUCUUGUUUGGCGCUCCAAUGCUUGGCGGCCACGGAGAGUGUGGAGCACAUGGUUGAACUUCGCAGGUGUUCCAAUGAAGACGUUCAAAAUGCCGCCAAGGAAGCGGUCCUCUCAUUUGGUAAAAAAGGCCACGCAGCCUUCCAGAAGAUGGAGCAGCUUGACUUGGAGAUGCAGGAGGACUUUUUUCAGAAUUUGGAGACUGAGAUCACUUUUCUUUAAGAGCAACUUUUGCUGUUUUUUUUUUUUCUUCAUGGCCAACAUGUGUAUAGUGUAUAUAUAAAGAAAUUCCCCUCUCACCCUCCGCGGGUGGUCUCCCACUCCAAGCUCGGGUCCUCUACCAGAGGCCUGGGAGCUUGAGGGUUCUGCGCAGUAUUUUGGCUGUUCCUAGCACUGCACUCUUCUGGACUGAGAUGUCUGAUGUUGUUCCUGGAAUCUGCUGUAGCCACUCCUCCAGUUUGGGGGUCACUGCCCCAAGUGCCCCAAUGACCACGGGCACCACCGAGGCCUUCACUUUCCAGGCCUUCUCAAGCUCUUCUUUGAGGCCCUGGUAUUUCUUUAGCUUCUCAAGUUCUUUUUUCCUGAUGUUGCCAUCGCUUGGUAUUGCUACAUCCACUACAACGGCCUUCUUCUGCUGUUUGUCCACCACCACAAUGUCCGGUUGGUUCACCAUCUUGUCAGUCUGGAUCUGGAAGUCCCACAGGAUCUUGGCUCGCCCGUUCUCUGCCACCUUAGGGGGUGCUUCCCACUUUGAACUUGGGGCUUCCAGUCCAUACUCUGCACAGAUGUUCCUGUACACUAUGCCAGCCACUUGGUUAUGACGUUCCAUGUAUGCUUUCCCUGCUAGCAUCUUACACCCUGCUGUUAUGUGCUGGACUGUCUCAGGGGCCUCUUUGCACAGCCUACACCUUGGGUCUUGUCUGGUGUGGUAGAUCUUGGCCUCUAUUGCUCUGGUGUUCAGAGCCUGUUCCUGUGCAGCCAUGAUGAGUGCCUCUGUGCUGUCCUUCAGUCCAGCUUUUUCCAGCCAUUGGUAGGCUAUAUAUAUAUAUAUAUAUAUAUAUAUAUAUAUAUAUAUAUAUAUAUAUAUAUAUAUAUAUAUAUAUAUAUAUAUAUAUAUAUAUAUAUAUAUAUAUAUAUAUAUAUAUACAUAUAAUUGUUUAAAAAAAUAUAUAUAUAUUAUAUAUAUAUAUAUUAGGGGUGUAAAUUGCGGGUUUUGUCACGAUACAAUAUAUCAAUACAAAGAACUACGAUACGAUAUUUCCCGAUAUCCUAAAGCCUGCUGCGAUUCAUUCACGAUAUAUCACGAUAUAGUGCUCUACGAUCGAUAUAUUUUUUUUAAAUAAAAAAAUAUAGAACAAUAUCCUGAUUUAUAACAAUUUAUACGCAAAAUCAACAAGGUACUGCAAACUCUUUAUUUAGGAAAUUACAAGAGUAUUGUAGUAUACAAAGUGCUUAUUUUAACACUGAACUUUGAUGUCGUGUUCUUUCUUUAAAUGCGCGGCGAGAUUUGUGGUCCCUGAAUAUUUGAUCACCGCAUGACAGGAUUUACAAACUGCACGUGUCUUGUCCGUUGAGCCAUCUUUUCUUUGGAAUCCAAAGUGCUUCCAAACGAAUGACUUGAAGCCUAAAGGGGAGCAAAUUUCCCCGUCUUUUUGGACACUAGCCAUAGCACCAGCCCAGGAGCCGCGUACUAGUUGUCGACUCCCCUUCCACGUGCCUGCUCUGCUCACAACAUAACACGCCGCUCACUGCUCCCGGAAAGAGGAAGCAAGCAACAUAAUAAAGUCGCGUCAAAUGUUUACGUUUAGCAUCGAUGCCAAUAAAUCGUAGAGCAAUAUAUCGAUUAAUCGAUGUGUAUCGAUGAAUCGUUACACCCCUAAUAUAUAUAUAUAAUUUGAUACAUAUUUAAACAAUAAAGUCAGCUAAACAAGUGUCAAAGUACAUUAAAAUAUUUUUCAAACAUUUAGCAUUUCAUUUUUAAAUUACACAUUUUCAAAAAAUGAAAGAGGUUUCCACAAGUGUUUAGAAUUUAAGGUUUUUAAAAAAAAUUGCUGCGGACCAAAUUAAGCUCCCUGCGCACUUAGGCCCACUUAAAUUUUGGAAAGUACAUCAGGACUUAGAAAUAUUUUCUAAAUUUUAGCGAAGGCUCUGUCACAAUAAUGCGACCAGCGCGGUGCAGUUGCGCUGUCGGCGACGCGCUUCAGUUGCGCAUUCGGCGGUGCGCUUCAGUUGCGCGAUCGGACAAAAUUAAGCUCCCUGCGCACUUAGGUCCACUUAAAUUUUCGAAAGUACAUCAGGACUUUAAAAAUAUUUUCUAAAUUUCAGCGACGGCUCUGUCACAAUAAUGCGACCAGCGCGGUGCAGUUACCCGGUGCAGUUGCGCGGUGGGCGACGCGCUACGGUUGCGCGUUCGGCGGUGCGCUACAGUUGUGCAAUCGGACAAAUAUGCACAAAUGAAAAAAAAUGCUUAAAAACGGCUGGGGGGUUUUGUCUCAAAACGAAUUAAAAAAAAAUCCCUUAUUUGUAAUGGGAAAAAUAGAUUCGGAAUUCGACCGAUUCGCUUCUCGAACCCCCUUCUGGAACAGAUUGUGGUCAAAAACCAAGGUUUGACUGUAUUUUUGCUAUUCUUGUUAAAAUCACACGUGAACUGGAAAAGACAAUAACACAUAGUGAGAGCCAAAUUGAGCAAAUUGGCUAUUUCAGAAGUGUGUCAAACUGGUAGACCUUUGCCUUAAUCAGUACCCAGGAAAUAGCUCUCGGUUUAAGAAAGGUUGGUGUCCCCUGCUUUAGACUAUUACAUUGGCCAAACGCAUUGCACGUGAGAGAGCGUUUGGGGAAAUUGACUUCUCAUAUCUCUUCAAAUUGUGUCACUGUUGGUGAAAAAUAUGACACUUUCAACAACAAGUUUUCUUUUUUAGUUCAUGUACUCAACACUAUUGGAGGAAAAACUAAAUAUUUUAUUCCACUUAAAAACCAAAAACAACAUUGUGAUGAAACAGGAUAAAAAAAAAAAAAAAAGUUGCCAUCCAA